CCUGGAUGAGACAGUCCUGCAUCCAGCUGUGUUCUCGUGCACCGCACCGGAGCGUGCCAGCCGCGAGAAAGGACAACAUUCACCGGCGGCUGGAGACGUCUUUUCUCCUCGUUAACCGUGAAGGCUGGCAGAAAAGAUACAGGUGUCCCACGAGACCCGGUUACUGCCUGUCGACUAGAAAGGGAAGGGGGGGGGGGUCCGCUCGCCGCAUCUGUUGCCUGGGUGAAUUCACACGUUAGCAUACAGCUAGCUAAAUAACGUUAUGUUCGUCGGAUCCUUAGCGCAAUAAGGAGGUUUACACCGAAAUUCACGAAUGUCAUCUCUCGUUUCUGGUGGACAACGACCGACAUGAAUCCUCAGUAAAUACUGGGCUCGGUUACGGGGCGAUAUAUUACGUCCGGGGAAGAAAACGUUACCUUAAAGGUGUCUGAGUGGGUUUCAUGUAAGGCUAGGGAGCUAACGGGAGCUAGCAGGCUAGCUUCAUGGAAAUACAGGUGUAGGCUAUGCGGUUGCUGCAGAGAGUAACAUUAGCUUGUAGCUACACGCCCUGCUAGCUAACAUGGACUAUUUGUUUCCCAUGAAGUCUGACGGUGUCUCAGAUAGGUAAAUACAAUGAUAAUACUGCAUUCGAUAGUCAGCUAGAAGGCCGACGCGACAAUGGAGUCUUUCCUGCAGAUAGCUCCCCAUUCCCUGGCUAUAGUGCUGUCCAGGGUCGGCGCUGGGGAGGCGGUGGGGGCGGUCGGGGUGUCAGAGAGCGAGGAGCUGCCGAGACACCACACCGGCUAUGAGAUUUUUGCCGAUUUCAAAGCAGAAAAUACCCAGCAACACGUGUGGAACCAGCGGAUUACUGAGGCUGUGUCCGAGACCUUCUUUUUGGGAUGGAUAGACGAGCAUGUGCUGCUAAUACAGGGCAAGGAGGACCAUCUGGAGGUGCUGAGGGAGGGAUGGAUGCGGAGGUCCCUUAAUCCGCCACGGGGAUUCACCAUCAAAUAUCUGGGUGAUGUGUCACCCAUCAGUAUGUCCCCCAUCAGCCAAUCGCAGUUCAUCCCUUUGGGAGAGGUAUUGCUAUUGGCUAUCUCUGCUAUGAACUCAGCCCAUAAGCCUGUCACUCAGGAGGCCCUAACUGAACACCUGCAGACAUGUUUUCCAGGUGUUCCCACGCCAACGGAGGAGGUUCUGCACCACACGCUAAGCAUGCUGGUCCGUGAGCGGAAAAUCUACCCAACACCCGACGGAUAUUUUAUUGUAACCCCCCAGACUUACUUCAUCACUCCGAGCCUGAUCCGAACCAGCUCCAAGUGGUACCACUUAGACGAACGAUCUGCUGACCGACACCAACAGCAGCAACAUCAGAACCAACAGCAGCAUCAGCAGACGCAGUGCACCUCACCUCUCUCUGGCACCAUCACCCCAUCCACCUCUGGAGCCGUGCGAGAUCGAACACACCCAAAGUCCAGCCAAAACCACAGUGCGGGAGGUGGGGAUUCUUUUUACAACAACAGUUACCGUGGGGAAGACCCCCCUAGCCACCACACCACUUUGCAGCGCAGAUCCCCCAAAGACCACCGGGAGGCGUACUCGUCCCCACACUCCCCACAAACACCUCCUCAGCAAGCAGGAGGCAACACAGAAAAGAAUCGCAGCACCCUCGGGUUCCCCUUCAAGACGGACACGCUCACCAAGCAUCGAGGAGGGGGAGCAGGGGGGGGAGGAGGAACUGGAGAGACUGAGAAACAAGCAGGUGGAGGAAGUGGUACAGGAAGUCGGAAAUUUGGUUUGAAGCUGUUCCGUUUGAGCUUUAAAAAGGACAAGGCCAAGCAGCUGGCCACCUUUUCUGCACAGUUCCCCCCUGAGGAGUGGCCGCUACGUGACGAAGAGACGCCUGGCCAGCUGCCACGCCAUGUAGAGAUGGAGAUCAUUCGGAGAAUCAAUCCUGACCUCACCGUGGAGAACCUCGCCCGGCACACAGCGGUCAUGAAGCGUCUCGAAGAAGAGCGGGCCCAGAGGAGCAAAGCAUCAUCAGCCAAUCAGAGCUCCAGAAGUAGGAGAAGUGGGGGUAGACACAGGAAACAGUCUCAGACCAAACUCAGUCGCUCACAUAGCAAGACUAGGGCGUCCCGUGGUGAGCCGAGUGAUGGUUCCCACCUGGAGCUGGCUGACAGGGACUACAGAGCCUACUCAUCCUCACUUGCUCGGUCACCGAGGGAACAUGCCCUAGCCAUGGAGCGGCAGCGGGCCCGGCUUCACCUGGCACACAGCAACCCCAACAUCCUCGACUCAUCCCACCUGCCGGUCACGCCAGAGUGGGAUGUGUCCGGAGAGCUCGCCAAGCGACGCACAGAAAUGCCUUUCCCAGAGCCAAGCCAUGGCCCGUCCGCCCACCACUCCAAAGUCCACCGCUCACACUCGCAUACCCAGGAGAGGAAGUCGAGAAACGAACGCAGCGACAAGGCCAAGGAACGUUCCAGAUCCAUGGACAAUUCUAAAGGACCACUUGGGGCCGGGUUGAUAGGACCACCCGAUUAUUAUGACGACCGGAGCCGUUACUAUACUGAUGAUGGCACCCUGCGAGCCAAUCAGAUCUCUUCUCACUACUCUCGUGCCACACCCCCCUCAGCUAAGCUGCCUGUGGAUUCUUUGGGAAUGGAUGGUGGCAGGAGCUUAGAGAAGAGUAAGAGCAGGGACAGCCUGCCAGCGUACUCACCCAAACCACUACCCAGCUCUAUCCCGCCUGAUGAUUACUUUCAGUGCACUGGUUCCUCUGAGGCGGUUCUCAUAGCACCAAACCCACUGGGAACUCUGGGCAAAAAUAACCAUGAUGGAUUAAAAAUGGGCAGCACGGACAGGAAAACAGACAGACAGACACCCCAUCCCCUAGAAAAUAAAGAGGAUUUGUCAAAGGUGGGACCUAAGGGUGGUAGCCUGCCUCCAAUAUCUCUCUCUAUCCCUGACCCCCCCCUUCCUAAUGGACGACCUCCCCACAGUGCCUCCUCUGGUCAGGAGAAACGUAAGGAGAUCUUUAGCAAAGACACACUCUUCAAACCUCCUCCUAGCCUCCCUUUGCCUGGCUACAGCUCCCUGAGAAAACCCCCGGCCCUUGCCUCCUCUACUCUGUCCUCGUCCUGCGAUGCACUUGAUUCCCAGGAGGCCUUUGAUGCUCCCAAACCUCUGGUUGCCACACCAUCUGCUCUCCCACAGGGGAUUGAACCCUCGACCAGUGCUGCAGAGGCGUCAUUCGACUACUACAAUGUCUCAGAUGACGAUGAACUCGAGGAGGGAGGGACUAAAAGUCGAGGAGAGGACGAGAAGGCUGGAGGGGGCAUUGUUGGGAUGGGAGGGGGUGGAGCCGGGACCAUGCAGUGGCUAUUGGAGAGAGAGAAGGAAAGGGAUCUACAGAGGAGAUUUGAAAGAACCCUCACUUUCCCGGGUGCUAAAGAGAACCUUCCAGAGCCUAGUCAGAACCAGCAGUCAGCCCACUCAGCUAGACUGGACAGUAUGGACUCUAGCUCCGUCACUGUUGACAGUGGAUUCAAUUCACCACGAACAAGGGAGAGCCUAGCAUCUAACACCUCUUCCAUAGUGGAGAGUAACCGUCGGCAGAACCUGGCGCUGAGCCCUGGCCACCUUGGCAUUACCACCGGCAACGGACCUCCCUUCUCCUUCCGCGCCAUUCCAGAACCUGCCAGCACCCAACCAGAGAAACUCCAGAAGCCCAGCGCCUGCCUUGCGUCAAUAACCAGCGUCUAGGGGCGGAACUAAGGGCUGGGUGGAUUGCUGAGAGCUAAUGGACAGGGCCCAGAAAAUAAAGGUCCCACCACUAAGGACUGUUACACCUUUAGACUGACAGACUCUCUGAAUCAGUGGAGCUGCCACAGGGCCACUGUGGAACUAUAGCUGUUAACACACACACACACAGACACACACACACACACACACUUACAGAUACAAACAGAGGACUUUAGACAACCUGGAAACUGCUCUCUCACACCCCACACACACGUACACACCAGGCCACCAGGCAGAUGGACACACUCUGACCAUGUCAUUCUGCAGCCUAUAGUUUACACACUGCUGUUGUGUUGUUUCACUUAUGUGGUUUCUUGUGUGUGUGUGUGUGUGUGUGUGUGUGUGCGUGCGCGUGCGAGUGUGUGUGUGUGUGUGUGUGUGUGUUUGGGGAGGGGGGGGGUAAAGUUUGUAUAAUCUGUAAUCUCAGGUCAUGUUAUUUCCCCUCCCAUUCCAGCUGCUCCAGAUCAGCGCAUCUCCCUCUAGUGGUGCCUCCUGGUAUUACACACUGAAGAGACUACUGUUACUGAUGGUACACUUACUGAUCCAGCUCCUGCUCACUACUUGUUUCUGUCAGUUCUCUCAAAUUCACCACUGGCAGACAUCCUGACAGUUACUACCAUUAACCGUCAGUCUAAAAUGCAGCAGUGUGAGGUGGUUAGACAGUGAAUAACGUGACAGGGAUGUUUUUACUGUAACCCCCUCUGUAGAAUGAAGCUGAGCAGCUCUUGUGUCUGUUGGAUUCCAUGAUGCCCAUCUGAACUGCCUGAACACGGUUUAACUAUCCCCUCCAACUGUUGUCAGAUAUAUGGAAAGCCUGAGGUGUAGCUCCAGGGAUGAGGUUUUUGAUUAGAGACUAAAAGAGUUUCAUGGAGACAGAACUUCUUCCAGCUUGUUCUCUCUUUUUAUGUUACCCCUUAUGCCCAUGGGAUGCAGCUGUGCCAUACAUAUUUCAGCUCUGUUGUGGCCGUCAUUCCAGCACAUGUACCACUGUCCACUGGACACAUGCUCUAUUCACCACUCCACCAUUAUAACAGGCCAGGUGUGUUUUUCUCAAAAAGAUAAGACUUUAUUUAUCCUUGAGGGGAAAUUCAACAGCAGAGAAACUGGCUGAGUGGUAAAGAAACAUAGAGAACUAUUUGAAGGAAAUUUAUACAGUAUAUAGAUUACAAGUCAAUUUGUAUACAGUGUAUAAAUGUCUAUAUUUACAGACAGUUGACAUGAAAUUAAUAUUUAAUGACAUGCUGCGUUUUGCUCCUGACUUUCUCUUUAUGUACAUAUAGUUUGUUUAGAGUCACCUCACAGUGGUGUUAAGAUAUAAGCUACUGAGGUCCUGCAGGUUAGGUCACAGCCUGUAACACCCACAAUACUGGCAGGCAGAAAACUUGUUUUUCUCUGUCCAGCUAGCAUGUUGAUGUAUUCACACUGACUGCUGAGGCAGCUCAUUUCACAUGAAAAUGAAAGGUUCCACUAUGGCGGUCACAGCACUAAACACACAGUUAAACUUCACCUCGUUCCUUUCAAUAAGCAUCACUGAGAUGUGUGGAUAUCAGUGAUUAAAAGCAGUGUGGUGGGGGAGAUACUACAAAAGAUGUGGCCAUUGUUGUGUCUGGAGCUGCUGCCUUGCUACUACCCCUCCGUAUGGCACUCUGUGCUAUUGAUGCUACAACGUCACAGCAGGACCUCAGUAGAAACAGAAAAUCUUUUUGAUUUUAUAUGGACAGUUUUCAGUAUUUAUUGCUUAUAUACGAUUCCAAAAGUUGGAGGACCAUGCGGAGUGGGUGGAGAAAUAGAUGAAAAUGUUGGCUACACAACUCUAAACAGUUUUAGAAACCAAGCACUUUCCUUCCAGGAAACACUUGAAACAGAAAUACCAAGAACAACUAAACCAAACAACAGCCAGUAUGUGAAGAUGGAACGGCUGCAUACGGUGGACAUGGGGGGUCACGGUCACAUCACUGUAGAGUUUCAGAGCUAAGCUGUUAAAAAGUGAGUAGCUUACUUGAACCAGCAAAAAGCACUGAUCCUUUAUGUGUAAAUCCUGGAAUCAGUGAAAGUAGAUUGUUUUGCAGUUAAAGGCCAGCCCAGCGUGUACGAGUGCAAUCAUCAGGAGCAGCUGCACGGGCACUUGAUGUGGCUGAGUGCCCAGCAGAGAAUAUGAGAUAUGAUCCAGACUAGUGUUAUACACAACAAGCAGGGAUGUGACUUAGUCUUUUGGUUUCAGUAGUUCUUUAUUUAUACACAACUUUACCAUUAAUUUACAUUUCUAUCAAGUUCAUGACUACUUGAGUUUUUCUUCAACCAGUUUGAAUCAAACCCUUAGCCACUCUCACUCCUGGUGCUAAGUUGUAUUAUGGUCAGUGAUGGCCAUGAUAAUGGUCAUGAUAAAAAGAGUGAUGAUAUAGUUGGAAUAUAGUAUUAAAUGGCUGCUUACACUUUUUUUUUUUUUAAGUUUCACCUGCAUACGUUUGGCAGUGGCCAUUUAGUGAAGCAUUUGGGUGAACAUGACUGGGAUUACACAGUGACUGAACUGAUGGACGGGGUAACCACUGACUCUGGCACGGGGCCAUGUGAAAUAAGACCUAUAUUUGAAAUGUAUUGUUUUCAUCAUUAAACCCGACCUGAGCUGUGCUGGAACUUCUGCAGUCCUAUAGCUCAAUCAUUUCCCAUCCUCCUAUAGGUUCAGGGAGCUGUCAGUCAUCCCAAUGUUGUCGUCCUAUAGGCUCCUCUACAACUACCUCCACAGCAGCAAAAACAGCCCUCCGUUCUGCUAUCACACUGUCAUCAGCCUCUAGCCUGUGAAUGUCUACACACACGUUCAUACACACACACACACAUAUAUAUACACUAACACACUACACAUCAAAGUGCUGGACGCCCAUGCCCUUUCUUCACUAACAAGGUUUCUUCUAAUGGUACAUAAUAACAUUGUGUUUCAGCUGCAUUAACACCCCCCACCCCCCUCCCUGUCAUCAUUACAGCCUACUACAUAACUUCCUCUGCAGAGGUCCCAGAAAGGGACUUCAACCCAAAUAGUGUUUCCUUCUCACCAAUAAGAUGUGUAAAACAAAAUCCUGACAUACUGCGAUGCAAGCUAGCCCACUGUGGCAAGGCACAACAAACUAAAUAUCAGAUUCAGUGAGGUUAUGCACACUGUAAGACCCCAGACCCCCCCUCACUGGCCUCCCACGUGCGUACACAUUUUGUUUGUUGAAACGCACGACCAACCCCGACAUACUGCUACUGGGAAUCGAACUCAUGCAAUGGUAGACUGGAACUGUACCUCUUCACCACCAUGUGCUCAGAACAAACGUACCAAACACUUCUUUCAUGAAAACUCCCCUGAUCGCAUUAAAGAACUAGUCAAAUGGCUCCAGGUACAAUGUAAGAAGGUAUUAUCCUUACCACUGAAGUAGGAUUCUACUCCCUGAUCUCUGUUGGGGAGAUUAGUUCGCUCUCUGCUCUGCAUCUUGACACUACACAAGGGUCCAACUGUAUGUGUUUUCACUACAGUAAAAUGUUAAGUCUGUUUCAACUACUAAUACUAGGGCUUUACCCUCUUCUCCCUCUGUACAACGGUACUGGUUUAUAUUCUGUCCCUAAUGGACUGACAUUUAUCUUCUACGAAUAUGGUCUGUCAAUAUUUUAUGAUUCUAAUCUCUGUUAUGCCACUGGAAGAGAUUUAUAGUUCCACUGCUGUUCUUGGGUUUUAGUCCUCAGGGGUACAGGGACCUAAACUCCAAAGGGGACUUAAACCCUGGAGGGUAUUUCAGUAUUCUAGGAUUGUAGCAGGGUUCUAAUACUACUUAAGGGUGUUAGUCCUUUUCCUGUCAGUAUUCUAAGGGUAUAGUGUACAUCCUUUGUGUAUCUGUAAGGGUACACACAUGCAAUCAUAUCCAACAUGUGGACCACCGGAUUAUCAAGUUGUCUGAUCCUGUGUCACCAUCCACUGUUUUGUAAGUCCUGCCCAUAUUUGUCAUAAAAUCACCCUGUUUUCAUUGUUUUGAUAUUCUGUAUAAUGAAUGAACUGUGUACGGUUCUCGUCUCUCCCCUAACCCAACAAUAGGCUUCCAUCCAUUACAAAACAGCAGUAGGGCUAUAGUCCUUACUACAUCAUUACAGUAAGGUUCUAGUCCUAAUUAUACCUAUACAGAGGUUUAUAGUGCCAGUUGUACCCACAUAGUUGGGCUUUAUCCACUAUUCUAUGACUACAGAAAGACACACAGACAGGGAUAUGUCAAGAUUUUGAAGAAGUCUCUGUUCCACUUUUACCAUUUAGAGGGUGACCUGUCCCUACAAAUACAGUAGUUUCAGUCUAUUGUACCACUAAUAUAUUUUUUACCACUACAGUUAAACUUCUGUUCCUACAAUGGAGUUUAAUCUACAAUGCACCACAGUUCAGGGGUUUUAGCUCUUGUUCCACAGCCACAGUGGGGUUCUUGUCUCUGUUCCAUCAGUAAAAUAGGGCUGUAGUCCCCUCCCUGGGUUCUAUCCCUUAUGUCUGAUGUUUGCACUGCCCCCUUCCCCAAUCCUCCUUGCUACUGUCCCAGUGGCCCUCCAUCAGUCCCCUCCAGCCAGUCUUCUAACCUUCCAUCCCUUUUUUACACUGACGGUCCAUGAAAUGUCUUCCCUUAACAUCUGCGGUGGUUUAUAAAAAUGGAGGUUCAACAAUAACAUUGUUUCUAAUGGUGACGGUAUGUCAUACCUGUAAAUGAUGUUUAUCUGUCAUGCCUAGUCAAAUAAUUUAAACAAUAAAAAGAGGGAUUUUUUAAAUGUCUAUAAUAUCUAAAAGUCCCUUUGAUGUGUAGUACUGGUGUUACUGUUGUUGUAGUGUAUGUGAUACCAUAUGGGGAUUGUGUUACUUUUUAAGAUAAUAAAAUAACAAUGUUUGGUUA